AAAACUCCAUUCUCAAUCAACGACAAUAUAUAAUAAUAGAUCCACCAGCACAAUCUAUUAGAUAUUUGAAAUUCAUCCCUUCAUUAGCAUUUUUAAGGUACCAAAGAUUGACCUGCAUCUUAUCCAAAAAUGAAGUUGAAGCAGACCAGAUUCAGACAAUCAACUCCACAUUGAGUCACGGACACUUAUGCCUUAAAAAAAGACAACAUUAUUAUGUAUGCUCUUACGUUACAAAACAAUACAAAGGAAAAAUGAAACUAGUCAUGACAAAGAAACAGCAUAAAGAAACAAAAAAGGCACUACCAUAUUAAUCCAGACAGAAUCUAUUCUGCUUCUCUGUGAGGUUUGCCCCCAAGAAUUCCCCAAGCAAUGGCUUCACAAACCUUCGAACCCCAUUUUGUACUCAUACCCUUCAUGACUCCAGGCCAUAUUAUCCCCAUGAUUGAUAUAGCUAGGUUGUUGGCACAGAGAAAUGUGACUGUAACCAUAGCUACAACACCCAAAAAUGUCACUCGAUUCGAUUCUAUCAUCAAUCGUGACACCAAUUCAGGGCUGCCUAUCAAAUUCCUACAAAUUGAAUUCCCUUCUUUUGAAUCUGGUUUGCCCAAAGGGUGUGAAAGUGUUGAUAGUUUACCCUCCAUAGACAUGUUAGGCAAUUUGUUCACUGCAAUAACAAUGAUCCAGCAGCCCUUUGAGAAGUCUUUGCAGGAGAUGAAACCUUCUCCCAGCUGUAUAGUCUCUGAUAGAGCCAUACCAUGGAUAGCUGAUACUGCCUCGAAGUUUAGGAUUCCGAGGAUAUUAUUUGAUGGGAUGAACUGCUUCACUCUCUUGUGUAACCACACCAUACACAAAUCUGAGAUCUAUAAGCAUGUAUCUGAAUUUGAGCCUUUUGUAGUGCCAGGCUUACCAGAUCAGGUUGAAUUCACAAAAGCACAGUUGCCUGGAGCAUUCAAUCCAGGAAUCAACAACCCAUUUGCACCAUUUCGAAAACACUCUAGAACAGCUGAGAAAGGAGCAUACGGGGUGCUAGUUAAUACCUUCGAGGAACUGGAACGGAAGUAUGUCAAAGGAUAUAGAGAGGGCACUGGUCAUAAGGUCUGGUGCAUUGGCCCUGUUUCAUUAUGCAACAGGGAGAGCUCAGAUAAGGCUGAGAGAGGUAAUAGAGCUGCUGCUAUAGAUGAAAACCAGUGCUUGAAAUGGCUGGAUUCACAGACACCAAGCUCUGUUGUUUACGUCUGCUUCGGAAGCAUCAAUCGCCUGAUCCCAGGACAGUUGAUUGAGCUUGGCCUAGCAUUGGAAGCAUCAUCAACCAAGGCAUUCAUCUGGGUCAUCAGAGGAGCCUGCAAAUCAGAAGAAAUAGAAAAAUGGCUAAUUGAAUACAGAUUUGAAGAAAGACUAAAAGGAAGAGGGCUCAUAAUAAGGGGCUGGGCACCACAAGUACUAAUCCUAUCACACCCUGCCAUCGGAGGAUUCUUAACACAUUGUGGCUGGAAUUCAAUACUUGAAGGGAUAUGCGCGGGUGUUCCAAUGGCGACUUGGCCAAUGUUUGCAGAGCAAUUUUACAAUGAGAAGUUGAUCGUGCAAGUUCUGGAUAUUGGAGUAAGGGUGGGCAUACCCGUAGUUACACACCUGGGGGAAGAAGAGAAAUCUGGGGUCUUGGUGAAGAAAGAAGAUAUCAAGAAAGCUAUAGAAAAGUUAAUGGAUGACGGAGAAGAAGGAAAACAGAGAAGAGAAAGAGCUCGGAAGUUUGCAGCCAUAGCAGAAAAAGCAGUAGAAGAAGGAGGGUCUUCUUACCUCAACAUUACGCUACUAAUCCAAGACAUAGUUCAACAAGACAACCAUAGUCAGCUGUGAACAGGGACAAGAACUUAAACCCUGUCUUCAUGUAACAGAAGACCUUUGCAGACAUGAUAAAGAAGACACUGGAAGACGAGAAUUAAAAUAAAUCAAUAAGAAAUUUGGAUCAUCUUAAUUCAACAUUUCCCUGUUAGUUGAAGAUGUCAUACAACAAUCCUCAGGCAUUCCAACUACAACAUCUGAAAAAUGUUAGCUGUUCAAUUUGCAUUUUUUUUUUUUUAGUAAUUUUGUUUUGUUGUUUUCUUAAUUAAUAGUGUAAGGUAAG